CCGGCGCGAGGAGCUCUUCUUCUUCCUCGGUGGUUCCUCUCUGCAGUCAUGUUGGACACGCUCACCUUCCUCCUGGAGAAGCUCUUCCUUCUCGCACACAUCAAGGUCUCCAGCCUGCUUCCCCCACCCCGCAGGGAGCGAGCCGGGAGGGGUGAGGAGCACCCCCCCACGCAGCGGCUGCAGCGCGGGGACCUGCUGGAGGUCCCGCGCACGCUCUUCACGCACUUCGGCAUCUACCUGGGCGAAGGCCGCGUCGCGCACCUGAUCCCGGACGUUCUGCCGCUGCUAGGCGUGCACCCCAAGCGCGUGCACGAGAUGGUGACCAACACGCGCCUGGUGCUAGGGGUCCUCUCCAAGCACGCAACGGUGCGCGUGGACUCCGUGGAGGACUUCGCGUACGGAGCGGUGAUCCUGCUGAACGCGAUGGACCGCGCGGUGUCCCGCGGCGCGCUCCCUGCGGAGGAGGUGGCGCAGCGCGCGGAGAAGCUCGUGGGGCCCGUGUCCUACAGCCUGCUGUGGAACAACUGCGAGCACUUCGUCACGUACACGCGCUACGGGACCGCGCAGAGCCUGCAGACAGACAAGUUCUGCGAGUGGCUGAAGUCUCUGAUCCGGGACCAGCGGAACAUCGUGCUGACGGCGCUCCUCGGACUUCUCUCCGUGGCCUGUUUUGGGAUUUCCUUCUUCACCGUUCUCCCCAGCCUCCUCGUCCCCUUCACCCUGUGGAUGGUCAGCUAGAAGACUUGAUGAAUAUCUAUAUGAAUAAAGACCCUCACCGCCAUGUUGGGACGCUCACAGAGAGGAGGUAGUCGUCUGCAAAGAAACCGACUUUUGUACGUUUCACUGCUAACAACACGAAGUCUUUCUUUUUGGUUAGAGUCAACCGUAGAAGAAGAAGAAGAAGAAGAAGAGAAGAAGAAGAAGAAGAAGAAGAAGAAGAAGAAGAAGAAGAAGAAGGUUAGCUUUAGCUACAUUAGCAUUAGAUAACUCCGCCCACUCUCUGACUACUUUAAAAUCACUAAAGGCGCCAACGCUAUCCCAAAGAGACCAAAGAUCGUUCAAUAAUAACUGUUUUUCUGAAGCUUUCUCAUUUAUCUGCCUUAAAGUACGACGGGACCCCACAGAGUUAGAGUGAACAUUAGAGUCUUUCCUUUUAAUAUUUAAUAUAUUUUCUACUUUCUUACGUAACAUCAGAAGGACUCGGUCCCGAUAGUUGGUUCCUUUAUCCACUUUUGACCCAGAUCAUUUACAGAUUUUCAAUUACAUUUCAAUGAAAUAUCAAAUAUUCGAAAUAUCUUUAUUUUGAAAAAUACUUUUGCAUCUCCAGAAAGUCAACUUUUGGGAUUUUAAAGAAAAUAAAACUAAAUAUUUUUGAUUGAACUGUUUUACAUUAAAAUGAUAGAAGCCUUAAUUCAAUGUCAGCUUUCUACUCCGACCCACAUUCCUGGAAAAAUCUUGUAAAUGUAUUUAAUUUGUUCCUUUUUUCAAGAUGUCAUUGUGAAAAUCUCUUCCUCUGUGGUUUCCUGUCCGCCCUGUAUAUAUCUGUAGAUACUCUAUCCAACAUUUAAACUUUUGUACAGAAUUUAUUUUUUAAAACGCUGUAACACUUUAAACCAGUUUUCUAUGUAAAUAAAGGAAAAGGACUUGUUGA